UAAAAGAAAAAAAAAAAAAUGCAUUUACAGUGCGGUGUAAGUUUUUCUUUUUUUUCUUUCGAAGAAACAACUUUGUUUCAGAAGAAGAACACAAGAUCCAAGGCAUGCCUCGUCUUGUUCUUGUCUCCUUCCUUUUUUUGGCAAUUUUCUCCGUGUUUAUUGGAGGAUUUGCUAAAUCGAAGUGUCCAAGAAAUGAGAUCUUCACUAGAUGCCAUGCAGCGUGUCAACCUUCUUGCGCCAGACUUGCUCGUAAACCUUUUUGCAUCAAGAUAUGUAAGCCAGGAUGUAUAUGCACAUCCGGUUAUUUAAGGAAUAAAAAUAAUGUAUGCGUUCCGCGAUCUAGAUGUUUCUCAGGAAGACUUUUAUAAUUGUUUCAUGAUUAUUCAUGAUUGUUCAAUAAUUAUUGUAUUGCAUUUUAUCAUAUAAAAAUUGUUAUGUUGUUAUUUUAUACAUUUUCAUAAAAGAUGAAUGAAACAAUAUCACGUAAAAAGUAAUAAAAUUACUACAUUUUAAUGAUUAAUCUUUCCUCCGAGUGAGAUAACCUGCUUCUCUCAUUUUCACUUUCCUCCUCUUUAUUCAAACGUUAUUCCAACGGAGUCUUUUAUCAUCCCGUCCAUCUUAUAAACAUAAAAAUUCACCCAUUAAUUAGGGGGGAAUAAAAUAGUUUUUAAUUCGGCCUAGAAAGAUAUAUGAAAUUCUUUGAAGCGUGCACAUCGUAUCAAAAAAAUUCAAUUCCGUUUGACGAAACAAGCAGAAGAAGAGACUGCGAGGAUUAUUUCUUUUUUCUCAGAAAAUAUAGACAGAACAGAACGAAUAACAACGAAUAAACAAAUUCUUUAACAAAUUUAAUCGUUCGUGACAAUUUUAUAUUUUUUAUAAUUUUAUAUAUGUAAUAAUUACGUGCACAAUUUGUUAAUCGACGAAGGAUUAUAAUUAUUCGAAUAAAGAUUGAUCGAAAAUU